AUGAAAAUGCCGGUUAAAGUUGUCAAUUUUAAUCAAAGUGAUUUUGUGAAAGGAAGUAAUAUGAUAUGCAAUGUUCAAUCUACUGGAAGGAAUAACGAGAAGACAAAGGUGCAUGUUGUUGACUUCAAAAGUGGAAAAGGUAAAAGGAAGGGGAAACUUGGACAGUUGAGGUGUUCACCAUAUGUAGAUCGGAUUACGGACAUGGAUGAGGUAAUUAAAGAUGAUGAAAACGUUGUGGCUCAAAGCAUAAUAAUAUGGGGAAAAGAUAAAGGGGAAAUAAUAUGGGAAACUAUUGAAGGUCAUGGAAUGCAUUUGGAAUCUGCACGUACAUUAGCUAUGAGAACAAAGUGCAUGACAAUGUAA